AAAAAGGAGACCUCUUUCUUCUUCUUCUUGUUCCAUUUUCCAAGAACACACGACCCUCUUCUUGUAAACGAAAUUCAAGUACAAGUUGAACGUUAAUUCAUAUACAAGAGUCAUCCUCUGCAAUACACAGAUCACCAACUUUUUGUCAUUGAAUUCGGUAAGCUUGGGACCAGACGUUUGUAUCUGAAUGCGAACAUCAUAGCAUUGGGUUUUGGAAAUCGAUGAUUCGUGUCUCGGGAUGAGUGCAUACCUGGGAAAGCAAACGUUGUUAGCUGUUGGAACUCGUAGUCAGCCUCUGCCACAGCAUUUCCUCUCCACCCAGCAGAGCAAAAGUUUCGAGCAGCAGAUGAACAGAGCCAUGCUGUUGGGGACCACCCCAGUCUGCCUUAUUUGGAAACUCCCCCAUUUGGCUAAUUUGGAAAUUUCUGAACCACUUUUGAUUCUCACAAGCAAUGGAAGAAACGAGUCUUGAAUCCAACUUUAUAUGACGACUGGCGACGAGGGGGGGUCUCCUCCAUUAUUGCUGUGUAAACGGAGAGAGCUUGCUGAGGAAGAAAAAAAAGGGUCGGGGAAGAGCAACGAUGAGUCGGGUUCGGGACGAGAGAGACAGCUUCUGCAAGUUGAUCCUCCGAAAGGAACCCACGCAGCACCUGAGAAUUCCGCCAGAGUUUUCAAGGCUCUAUCGUCAUGAACUUCCUGAUACAGUGAUCUUGAAGGGCCCAUCAGGCAACGAAUGGCCUGCCAAAUUAUGUCAGGAAAUUGAUUAUGUGUACAUAGAGGAUGAUGGAUGGCGGAAUUUUCACAGAGACAACGCUCUAGGAAACAGUGAGUUCUUGAUUUUCCAGUACGAUGGGAAGAAUUGCUUCGAAGUUCAGGUUUUUGAUCCAACUGGAGUGGAGAGACUCAAUGUUGCUGGUGCUAAAAGCAUGCGAAUUAACAAUCCUAAGCAUCCUGUUGGCUCCCAAAAUCUCCCUCUGUUAAAAUCUCCCAACUCUCAGGGCAAGCAUAAUCCUGAACUUGAGCAAAACAAGCUGGAGAAAAUCCAAGUGGAGGAAAGCCUAAGUAAGUCAAAAGAAGAAGAAAUGGACCUGCCUGAUGUUAGAACGAGUUCAGAGCCCAGCAAGCACAAAUGCAAAAACAAGCAAAGGCAGGUCAAAGCUGGAAAACUUGCUCCACAUUUCCCGGUUUGCAAAUCGAGAUUCUUGCGUCACUCUUUAGAGAAGAAUGCUUCUAGUUCCAAGGAAACUGCAAGGCUGGGAGCAGUAAAAGAGACUUUUACUUCGAACUUCCCCUUCUUCAUGAGUUAUAUGAGAAGGUCCACCGUGGAGAAAGCGAAACUGCUGCCUGUUCCGUCAAAGUUUGCUAAACAUUUUCCUGCGGCAAUGGGAAAACAUUGCCUUACGGAAUGCGGAAGGUAAAACUUGGGAAGUUGCCUUGCAUUACAACGCAAAGAGUUAUUACUUUUCUCGAGGGUGGCCAGCCUUUCUUUAUGACAAUGAGCUGAAGAUUGGAGAUGUGUGCAUCUUCGAGGUUCUCAACAUGAAGGAAGUCCGAGUCCACAUUUACCGCUCGCCGGGAACUUCGGCCAUAUGAAAGAAGAUGUGGCCAGUAACAUUACCAGAUUACUAUAUUCACCUGUGGUCUGUCUACAAUAGUAGCUUGUGAUAGUCCUCAAUGUGGUAGUAGUUUUCUUAAUAUUGGUUGGUAACUGAGUGUUAGUUGCUUUUACUAUUGACUGUUGAGUUUGUAACUUUCCUAACAAAUCAAGUAAUGGUCACGAACCAUAGAAAGACCGGUCUUGCUGUUGCGCUGCUAACUGGAAUCAUUGUACUUAUGAUGAUGAACAAGCAGUUGUCUUGUUGGCAGAUGCCAAAACUAUGUUAGAUUGUCUGGAAUGUCAUAGGCUCACAAGGAGAAUGUUUUCUUUAUGACCUGAUGCUCAUUAUGCCUUCAUCAUUGUGAUUCAUAGUUUCUCUCUUAC